AAUCAAGAAGAUAGGUGCAAAAAACAGAGAGGGUGACCCGCGCGGUCCUAGCUUGAGCGAUUUCAGUGGUGGGUCCUAGUAACCCCACAGUCUUGGGACAGUUGGUUGCUAUAGGGUCGAGCACCAUGAUGUCAUGUAUCCUACGGAACCAACUAAGCUGAGUCCAUAUUAGUUCUGGCGGCGCUAUGACCCUCGAGUGUCCAAAGGCCGCCAGUUCUGCUCCCGAGGGGCGUGGCCUUUCCACACUCCCCACGUGGUCUUUUCCAUCCUGGAUCUCGGCUGGACCAGCCUAGCGCAGCCGGGUCUCAUGGAUUCGCAGUCCCGCUGCGUGGUGGUGACCGGUUUUGGGCCCUUCCGGCAGCACCUAGUGAAUUCCAGCUGGGAAGCCGUGAAGAGGGCCUGGCUUGGAGCAUGUGUUCCAGGGACUGAAUCAUUUGAGGAACUUUCUAAGCUGGGCUUAGGGGUGGACACUGACAUAGAACUUCGAACUCUGCAGCUGCCUGUGGAUUACAGGGAGGUAAAACGGAGGCUUACCACAAUCUGGGAAGAUUUUCAACCACAACUUGUUGUGCAUGUGGGCAUGGACUCUUCUGCCAAGGCCAUCUUUCUGGAACAGUGUGGUAAGAACCGAGGCUAUCGGGAUUCAGAUGUAAGAGGCUUCCAGCCGGAGGAUGGAGUGUGCCUCCCCGGUGGCCCCGAAGUGAGGCUGUCUGUUGUCAACAUGAAGGAGGUCUGCCGGCGUGUGGCUGUUGAGAAUGUCGAAGUGGCCUUUUCCCGAGAUGCGGGCAGGUACUUCAGGACUCCGUGUGCCAAGUGCCAAACAGAUGGGAGAGAGGGAUUAUCCUUCAGAGUCCCUUCUCUCUCCUCAAGAGGCUAUCCUAUGUUGUCCAUGUGGCUGCUUUGGUCACAGGCAUCCUAUUUGUCACAGGCACUGCAGAUUAAUUUAACCUCUUCUCCAAACGCUGACAGCCCCUCCCCCUAAGCACCUUUCCUCUCUUCUAGGGAUAAAGAAAUACCCGAGGGGAGUUGGCAGUAAGGGAGUCAUUGUGGUGAAGGUGUCUUACCACUAGUUGUUUGAAAGGCCGGCUCAAUUCUGUCAUGACCGCUUGCUGGUCAUUAGACUCUGAGCCCAAGAACCAAUGUCUGUCUGGAGUGUUCUUAGGCCAUGUCCUUUCUCUAUCAGAAGAGCCAAACUCAAGUGGUACUAGGCAUGUGGGCAUCCAUAAACUCAUGCUUCAUGAAACCUGUACUUACUGUGUCUGGCAUCGACAAGAUCUGGGAGUAAUGGGGAGUUUCAUGUGGUUGCAGGUACAUCUGCGAUUACACCUACUACCUGUCUCUGCACCUUGGGACUGGGCAUGCGGCUCUCAUCCAUGUCCCUCCUCUGUCGCACUGGCUCUCGGCCAGCCUUCUGGGCAAAGCCUUGCGAGUCAUCAUCCAAGAAAUGCUGGAAGAAAUCGGGAAAGUCCAGACUCAAAGUACAGCAGCUUAAGGGAAGCAGCAGGGGGAUGCCUUCCUUAGAUGAAAUGGAGUGUUUCAGGCUUGGACGGAGAAGCCAGCUGUGCUAUGAGAGGCUCUAAAAAAGGGAAACAGUUACAAGGCUGGGGGUGGGGGUGGGGGUGGGGGUGUGGACUCACAGAAUCACAAUCUUACUUUAGUGUCUAAAGCAAGAAGAAAAUCCCCAAAGGCGGAUGCUUCAUAAAGGAUUAACUAGGGGAAGUUAUGACCUUUGUAACUCCAAAGAGCCACCAAAACCUAGUGUCAAGACCAAAUGAACUGAAUAACUCUCAAGUGUUCUUUGAAAAAGAUUUUAUUUAUUUGUUUGUUUGUUUGUUUGUUUAUUUAUUAUACAAUGUUCUCCCUGCAUGUAUGCCUGCAUGCCAGCCCAGGGCACCAGAUCUGAUUAUAAAUGGUUAUGAACCACCAUGUGGUUGCUGGGAAUCGAACUCAGGACCUCUUAAGCUCUCAGUCAUCUUCCCUGCUUUGUUUUGUUUUAUUUUGAGACAGGGUUUCUCUGUGUAGCCCCGCCUGGCUGUCCUGGAACUCACAGAAAUCUGCCGGAUUCUGCAAGAAAAUGACUUUACAAGAUUUCCUUUGCAAAUAAACCAAGGACAUUUUACAUAUGACAGAGCCAAGCCACACUAAGGCAGAUCAAAGCCCAAGGUGGAAGCCGGGCGUGGUGGCACACACCUUUAAUCCCAGCACUCAGGAGGCAGAGGCAGGCAGAUUUCUGAGUUCCAGGACAGCCUGGUCUACAAAGUGAGUGCCAGGACAGCCAGGGCUACACAGAGAAACCCUGUCUCGAAAAAAACAAAAAAACAAACAAAAAAAGCCCAAGGUGGACUGGGAUGGCACAGGCCACCAGCACAGAACCUAGCUGCUUGGCUGGUGCCUUGGCUGGAGACCCCUCUCUGUGAGCAAAGAGCUCCUGCUCCAAACCUUAGGUCCCUUUGUUCCAGGAGUGGGCUCUAGUGACACUUCAGGUCACUUGGCACCUGGUCAGACACAUUAAAAGAAAACGCCGGGCAUACGCCUUUAAACCCAGCACUUGGGAGGCAGAGGCAGGUGGAUUUCUGAGCUCAAGGCCAGGGCUACACAGAGAAACUCUGUUUCAAAAAACAGAGGCCCAGACCCCAACCCCCAUGAGCAGCUCUUCCACCCCCUCUGCGCCUCUCCAGUUUCUCAAGACCCUAAGCGCCCAUUUGCAUUGUAUUUUUUGUAAAUAGCUUGGCAUCCCCCGACAAUACACACUGCAUCCUGUUCAGUCACAGCUGAUAGUGGGUGGUUUGUAUGCUUGCGAGCCAGUGUAGAACACUGUUUUUUUGCUGGUCAUUUAAUGGUUGGGAGGUCUGAAGCAUGGCUCUGUGUUCAUCUAUAAACCCGACUAAUAAAAAGUCCUGGUUCUGACUACCCAGAGAAUGUGUCACCAACAACACACCAGCCAAAAAAAGGAAAGAAAAAAAAGAAAAAGGUGUAGUAUGGGCCCUCAGCUUGUGGCUUGAAUAUCUUUUUUUGUUUUGCUUUUUUUUUUUGGGGGGGGGGUGAGGUGGGUGGGCAGCAGUAUAUUAUGAAUCUAGCUAGUAAGCAGGUGUUUAAAAAAACGAAUAAUAAAUUAAUUCUAGAACGCUCGUAAUAGGUGACUUAGCUGGGCAGGGGUGGCACAUGCCUUUAAUGACAAAGCUCCGUAGGAAGGCAGGUGGCUCUCUAAGCUCUAGGACAGCCUGGUCUACAGAGCAAGUUCCAGGUCAGCCAGGGCUACACAGAGAAACGAUAUUUCAGAAAGAUUAAAAAAAAAAAGUGUCUCAGACUCCAAGGAGAGCACCUAACUUAAAAAAAAAAAGACUUAAUUUUAUGUGUAUUAGUGUAAAGGUAUCUCACCCUUAGAUCUGGAUCCCUUGGAACUGGAGUUACAAUUGUAAGCUGCCAUGUAGGUGCUGGGAAUUGAACCCUGGUCUUUUGGGAGAGCACACGUGCUCUUAACCUCUGAGCAAUCUCUCGAUUCCUAAUAGUCUUUUAAAGGUCUAGUACCUGGCUGGAGAGAUGGCUCAGUGAUUUAAGAGUGCCGACUGCUCUUCCGAAGAUCCCGAGUUCACCGAGUUCAAAUCCCAGCAGCCACAUGGUGGCUCACAACCAUCCGUAAGAAAUCUGAUGCCCUCUUCUGGGGUGUCCUAAGACAGCUACAGUGUACUUACAUAUAAUAAAUAAAUCUUAAAAAAAAAAAAAAAAAAAAAGUCUAGUACCUUCAUCCUUAAAAGCAGCUGGCUCCGGCCAGGCAGGUUUUUGGUAAACUGGAGGCAUAGUACCAAUCCAGGAUAGCACAGAAAUAAGACCUUCAGCGUCAUCUAGUGAAGCUCCCUGGGCAUCUGGUAAACAAAACCCCCGGGGCAGGACGAGAUUGGAAGGUGUGCUCUUCCAACGACCUUUUGACUAUAAAUCCAAAUACCCAUUGGGUUAGGCUACUGGGAGGCUCACUGGGUCUUGAGUUGCCUCUGAUUUGCUUCUGCCACCUAUGUCUCAUCGAUCAGUUCUUCACCCGGUGUCCUGAUUUUGUCACUGAGUUCCCCCAUUCUCAGUGUUCAGUGAGGCGGCUACCUACUCUCCCAGGAGUCUAGAAUGUAUGGCUUGGUUGAUUUUCCAACCCAAACCAUUCAUCACCUUCCCAUGGCAAAGAUGGAGAGCCAGCAUCUCAGAGUUACCUGUGGGCAACCUAACGACUCAGCACCUUGCAGCCAGGAACAGCCCGAUUUUCCUUGGUUCUCUCUCCAGCACCCUCAGGCACCCCAACUGUGAAGCACUACCAAGGACAGGAAAAUGCACGCAGCACGCAAGUUUCUGGCAACCCCGCCCCACCCCCAGACUCACACAUACCAAAGCCACCCUGGCCUUUUGUCAACCCAAGGUCCAGGGGCCAAGCCUGUGAAGCAGCCCUGAGACUUGUGCUUCAUGCCUCCUGAUUUUCCUCUAGCUGAGUAAGUGAGGGGAAAGUAGCUUCUUCAAACUCAACAGCAAUUUGCAUUUGGAGAAACCCGGCUGUCAGUUCUCGUGCUGAGCAUUCCCGAGUGACACACACACACACACACACACACACACACACACACACACACACACACACACGAGGCUCAGCUUCCCGGCUGUCAGUUCUCGUGCUGAGCAUUCCUGAGUGACACACACACACACACACACACACACACACGAGGCUUAGCUUCCCGAGGAAGUGGGGGAUGGUUCCAGAGUGAAGAGGAAACCAACUGGGAGACAAAGGUGCAUACAGAAUUCUUUUAUUUAACUUAAUCCAUGUGGUACUUUAACUACUAGAAAAAAGCAGAGUAAUAGACUCAAGUGGCCUUAGCUUUAGCCAUUCAAAAUAGACAAAGUUUCUUUUUUCAUAAUGUAAAGAAUCCCGAGUAUGUCGCAGUAACAGGAAUAAAUUCUUACAACAGAAUAUACAAAAACAUUGAAUUUUUUUUCAUCUACUGAUUUUCUUUUAUAUAUAAACAGAGGGUUUUUUUUUUUAGGAAUAAUUUAUACACAGAAAGUUAUUUUAUGUAACAAAUUGGCCAUAUUAUUAUCUUUUUUAGACUUUUUUUUUCUUUUUUUAAGAAAAAAUUUAACAAGAAAACUCAGAAAUGCAUUAUUGGCGAUGUGUCCGCUCCAUCGAGCCUUUUGACUUUUGUUUUGUUUUUUUAAAUCCCAGAGGUAGAUGAACUCUGGCAAAACUCUUACUUCAACCUCACUGGCAUAGGAAGCAGACAGGGGUUGUCACCAGGCAGGCACCUACUCCACCUGUACAUGUGUCUGCACACUGCCCAACACCCACAAGAAACUGAAAGACCAAACCAAACCCACAAAUGGUUCCCAGACCUUUUUCCUGCAGUGUUAGAAAGUUCCAUGUGUUUUCAACAACGGUAUCUUGUGGAACCAGAGAGACAUGGCCAAUAAUGCACGGGGAGCCAAAGGACAUGGAUCUUAAUUUGAAAAAAGGGGGCGAGGGGACACACAUUGUGGUUUUUGUUACCAGUUUGUUCUGUAUUAGAAAACAAUGGACCUUCGGCGUUCGCCAUUAGAUACAGGUAGGCACAGCAUUCGUUAGGAUCUGAGGCACAUGUGCCCACGGGCUGCACAUCAGAGUCAUGUGAUCACUGUGAAGCCAUUCCAGUGUCCUGAAACCCUCCCAUCUCCAUAGUGUUGCAGAGCUAGGACCAGCCAUACCAGCCAGAUGUCACCAUGGAGUGCCAUCUCUUUGCUGGGUGGCCACACACUGCUAUUUCCAUGGCCAGCAGUUCUUUCCAUCUGUUUGGGCUGCUACACUCCACAGGGAACAGUGAGUCCCAGAUAAUUCCUUUCCCCAGCAAAGGGUUCCAAGAUCAAGAUACUGAAGAAUACAGAAGUACUUUUUAAACCACUGGCAUUCCUUUUGUUUUGUUUUUAUUUUUAUCUGUUUUAUUUUUUUUUGUUUUAUUUAUUUAUUAUUUAUUUUUUUACAAACUAGAGCAGAAAGCAUGUGGGAAAGAGGGUGAACCACAAUUGGUCCUGGGGAGAAUUUCUUUUUAAUUAAUUUUUUUAAGUUUUUAUUUUUUAUUUUUGGCAUAUUGUAAAGCUAGCUAGUAAACAAGUGUCAAAAAAGAAAAAGGAAACAAAGAGGGGGAAAAAAGACCACAAACACAUAUUUUUGCACACACAGAGAGAAAAAAAAAGUGUUUUUAAAUUAUUUUCGGCAAUUAUAAACUACAAACAUUUUAUAAAAUUAUUCUAUGUUCUUACAAAAAUGCAAUGAAACAUUGAAUUAGUUCUUGUAAACCAGAGCUUCGUCAACGACUACCCGUAAUCUACUGGACUUAGAAGCCCUAUUGAAAGGAUAAUGAGUAAUUUAAAGAAUGGUUUACUGGAAAGAUGCAGACACAAAUGUGGACACACAAAUCAGUGAUUAUGAAGUUCUCACAGAAACCAAAAUCAAAUCAAUCCCUAACGUCAUGCCCCAGACCGACAACUCAUCUGAUGAGUGUGAUGGAGUCUGAGUCCUUCCGCACGUGACUUAGCUCUAAGGAGAAGUUUCCAGAGCAGGAUGCCAAGUGUCUUAUCUGAAACCAAAUGCCCACAGUUGACUCCCCAGCCUCCACAUGCUCUGACACCUUCAGACACCAUCAAGUCCAAAUAUGGUCCAUGCUUCUUCCAGGCCCUUUAACCCUCUGUCAGCAAUUCCCGUCAUGUCACGAUGCCGGUUACCAAGGGUGCCUACUGCACCGUCACUCUGUCAUCCCAUCAAGGAAUGUUCGUUUCUCUAAAUCGCCAACUGGUCAUCCAAGCUGGAAGCCCAAAGCAAAGACCCCUGGCCUGUCCAAGGUCUGUAUCUUCAGCAUCUCUGGCAAGAGAGGUUCAAUUUUACACAGACAUCCUGUCUUGAAGUUCUCAUUUGUACCACCACCUAGUUCAAAGUGGACUGUUAAAAGUUUGACCAUCAUCACUGGUUCUUAAGGGGUGGAUCUCUCUGGUCCAGGUCUCCCAAUGCAGCUGCUUAGCCCAGGAAA